UGUUGUUCAGUCGCCAUCUUGGCUGGUUGUGUCUGGCUUCAGUCGCGCGCUGAACAGAUCCGGAAACCUCUGUCCGAGAUAAACUGACGAGCUGCUGGUGCUUAAAGAGGAGAAUCAAGAUCUGAAUGCAAUAGAAAAGACAGAUCAGUAUGAGAAACACCAUGCUUUAAUAACUGGUGAAAAAUCCACACAGACUAAAACAACAUCUUUACGAAAAAGAGCUCAGAAAACCAAAUCUUAACAGCUCUUUCACCUGCCAUCUCUGUGAGAAAAGUUUCAAUGAAAUACAUCAACUUCAAAUGCACAUGAGAGUUCACACUGGAGAGAAGUCAUUUCCCUGUCAACAUUGUGGAAAGAGCUUUCCUAAACCAGGAGCCCUGAAAAGGCACGUGAGAACUCACACAGGAGAGAAACCUUACACCUGCCAUCUGUGUGGAAAGAGUGUUACACAGAAAAGCAGCCUUAAAUCUCACAUGAAGAUUCACACUGGAGAGAAGCCUUAUACAUGCAAGUUUCCCUGGAAAACAAAACCUUAAAGUGCACAUGAGAGUUCACGCUGGAAAGAAGCCAUUCCCUUGCGAUUAUUGUGGGAAGAGUUUCACAAGUGCAUACUCCCGUAAAUGCCACAUGAGAAUUCACACGGUUCAUUCAACAUUUAACGAGUGUCCAAACACAGAGAAAGACUCCUGCUGAGAUCCACACACUAUUAUAAAGAUGGCGGCCAUUAAAGAGGAGAGUGAAGACGUGAAGAUAGAAGAACCGUUCAGAGUCAAACAUGAAGAUACUGAGGAACAAACAGACCUGAAAGGGGAGUGCAAAGUACUGAAUGAAAUUGUAGAGGAAGAACAGUAUGAAAAGAGCUUAAAUGAAUAUGGAAACCUUAAAAUCGACAUGAGAAUUCACUCUGGAAAGAAGCGUUUCACUUGCCAACAGUGUGGAAACCGUUUCACUCAAAAAGGCAUCCUUAGCAGGCACAAGAGGAUUCACUCUGGAGAGAAGCCUUUCACCUGCCAACAGUGUGGAAAGAGUUUCAGUGAGCAUGGAAGCCUUAAAGCUCACAUGAGGAUUCACUCUGGAGAGAGUCCAUUUAUCUGCCAACAGUGUGGAAAAGGCUUCAUUCAGAAAGUAAGCCUUAACAGACACAUGAAAAUUCACACCGGAGAGAAGCCAUUUGUGUGUCAUCAGUGUGGAGAAAGCUUCGACAAAAAAGGAGACCUUAGUUACCACAUGAAGAUUCACACUGGGGAGGACCCUUUCACCUGCCAACAGUGUGGAAAAACCUUUACUCUAAAAGGAAACCUUAACAGGCACAUGAGAAAUUUACACUGCAUAGAAUCCACACAAUCUCAACUCAUGAGGACUCGAAAGAGAACUGGUUUGUAUGUUAUCAGUUUACAUGAACAUUCACGGAGGAGAAGGACAAUAUCAUUUUGCUUAAUGCAAUAUAAAUGGUUUUGCCAUCACACUUUGAAGCAUCCAAAAUGUCAUGCAAUCUUAGUCCAGUAUUUGUAUCUUUUGUGAUCUAUAUCUGCGGUUUUCAAUUCCAGUCUUUGCACUGUACUGGCUAGGACCACGUCUUCUAUGUCAGCAAUAAUUAGUUUUGCUGAAAAUUAUAAUGAAUUUGUUUGCCAGGCAUCCAACAAAAAGAAGCACAACGUAAUUUUGCAAUUUUACGGUUGCCUUGAGCUCCCCUGCUGGCCUGUACUCACAUUGCACUUCAUGCUGCCUUCAACUGAUAUCAGAACUAUCAUAAAUAUGAGUUUCAUAACCAGAAAUUGGACCUGAACAAGCUUUUAAGUCGUAUUUACUUCUGAGACACUUAUUUUGAUACUCGAUAUUCUGAAUUAGGCGGGCCAUUUAAACAUGGUGAAGGGGACAAUGAUUGCUGCUAUCAAUGGUAUUUAUUAGUUGUUUUUUUUUUCAAUAACUACAUCACCUUGUCAUUAAAGUAGUGCCUAUAUAUAUAUAUUUAGGGUGGAACGGUCCGCUGAAAAAAAAACGACCGUAUGGUUCUCCACACACUUUUCGUCACGGUUCAGAACUUAAAUCUGUCAAUGCAUUGGUAAUAUGGAAAAACAAACAGGGUUCAGCUAAUGUAUGUUCUGGCUUCCCAAUACAUUACAAACCGUUCGCUCUUGAACAGCACACGUUAAUAUCUGGGUUUAAACUAAACUCAUUUAAGCUUUGCCAGUUUAAACAUUUAAGAGCCAGUGGAUGUGAGCUCGCACGCAGUGAGAAGAUUUGUGCGUGCACUCAUCCGAAGCGUGUAAACCCACACCUCAGAACACGUGCAUAUAUUAAGCUCUCUAUGAAGUUUAAACGGAUAAAUUCACACAAAAAUUGUUAAAAUCUUUUAUCAGACAUAGCCGACUGAACGUACUGUAUCAGUGCAUUCUCUUAAAGGACUUUCUUAAUAUUAAUCAAACAGCAACCACAAAGAAAUCACUCAUUUCUCUUGAUUGAAUGGCUUUUUUAACUCUUAAUAAAGACGUUGUUUUAUUUAUAUAGUGCCUUUCCAUAGCUCAAGGAUACUUUAACAUAAAUGUUAACACAAUUUGUACAGUGUCCCAACUUUUUUGCAAUCAGGUUUGUAGUAAGGAACUUCCAAAUUUGUGAGCACAGAAAACAUUCGUCUAUCCUACUGAAAAAUAAAUAUACUAAUUGUAUAUUGUAGUUGUAUUUAAUAUAUAUUUAUUUAAUGAAAUUAUUCUGAAAAUAGAUUAACAUGUUUAUACUAACUGAAAAUAUAAACAUGUAAUGCGUACAGCUGCCUGGAGAUACCUUCACAGUUUGUUUCCCGGAAAACAAUUGCACACCUAACGUUCGACAGCUAUUCAGUUUCAAGCUACUAUGAAAAUGCUACUAUGCUCAGGCUGGCUAUGACUAACGUUAGAUGGCAAAUGCUAGCCCUCUCCGGUCCCAAAUGUCUCGGACCUCAAAUAGGCCAACAAAACAUGAGCCUUUAUACACAGUGUUUCUUGCAUAAGAAAGAAAACGCUGUACUUAUUCAAACAAGAAGAUCUUUAUUGGCCCCUG